AUGAAUAUUCCUGAAUCAAGCGAUGGACCCCGAAUCUCUGAAUCCAUAUCUAACAAGGCAUCUACUGUCUCCAACACCGUUGAAGAUUUGUCAGGGAAGCGUGGUCGACCUAGCAAAUGGACUAAAUCUCGUCAGCGUAAGCUUGCACGACUUUAUCUCUACAGCACUUUACCUCCAAAAGAUAUAUCCCAGGCACUAGAAGAAAAAGAUAGCAAGUGGAAGCCAGGAAAAGAGUCGACCGUAAAGACUGUCAAUUCAUUACUUGAUAAACAGCCAAGAUGGCUUCGUCCCAAAAAUCGCGAGGACAUGACAGAGAAAAUAUCAGAACUUACGAAGACAAAGAGACAAUUACCUACAAAUCGAGCAAUCUCUAAAGAAUCAAGAUGUGCUUCUCAGCCAGUUCCAGAAGCCUUCAUUUCCCCAGGAUUUAGUGAGACUCCUUUAGAAGAUUUAUUUGCUUUGGAGGCUUGCGACUCUCCAUAUCCACCUAGUCCCCUCGCGAGUGGAUCUACAGCCACGACCCACACUGAAACGCCCACUCUUUACUCUCUCCCCUUUGAUCUUCCAUUUUUGGAGAGUUCAGUAUUGUCGAGAACUAAUUCUCCAUCAAUAAACAUCAAGAGGGAACGAAGUACUAGUUCGCAGUCAUAUGGGUAUCAAGAUAUUGCUAGAGGUGCUAGAGGUAUCAAGUAUCAUACAUUCUAUCAAUGUCCUAUUUGUGGACAGACGAACCCGCACUCCGAUUCCUACAUUGAUCAGAUGAGAUGCGCAUUUGCCCAUGGUAGAGAUAGAAUCGGCCCAGAUAAAGAAGGGAUGACCCCAGCGCAUGCUCUCGUCCUCUAUCAGCGCACAAAUGAUUCAGAUCUUACACCCGAGACCCCAACACAAACUGCUGAACUUUUCAAAAUAUUAUUUCCUCAAGAUGACGAGACCUUUCGUCGUGCGCUCUGCAUAUUAGAUCCGUUGGGAAAUACUUUGAUACAUAACAUUACAAGCCGCAGAUUAGAUGAUAUUUUAAUGUAUAUAGAAGAGCUAACCGCAGAAUCUGCCGAGCCUAUAUUUAUUAAGAAGCCUACCGAAGAAGACGAUAAGACUCUAUCAACAUAUCUCUCCACUAGUAGUCUCAAGAAGCGACUCCCACAAUAUUCAACUCGAUACUUGAAGGGUAUAACACGUCUCAUAAAAAGUCACUCCAUAUCGGAAUCAUCAGAUGCCUCCACAACAAGGCCUAAAAACAAUUAUUCUGUCACUUCUACCAAUAAUUCUCAAAGUACUCCCACACUCUGUCCGUCUGGGUUGGCAACUCCACCUCAGCAAGGUGUUGAACUAGUGCUGUCUGGUUCUUUUCUAUUGAUUGACCGCCACAUACAGCGACAAGGCUUGUGUAUCAGAGGUUUCAAGACCCAUGAUGCCAAGACCUGUCUGUGUCAUACUUUAGAUGGGCUUAAAUCUAAAGUCUGGGUGUCAAAUGUUGGUCUUGUGGAUAAUCGUGUGCGCGACCCUCCAAUCUCUUUGCAGAAUUUAAAUUUAGGAUUUAGAGAUCAUUUUGGCAAUACUGCGCUUCACAUGCUUGCUGCUCGCGGCGCCUCAUUCGACGUGAUUUUGAAUGCAUUAAAGAGUGGCGUAGAUGGAAAUGCCACGAAUACCUCUGGCCAGACUUUUCUUCAUGUAUUGCGCCAGCAAGUCCUACGCAUGUGUGCCGAGGAUAGCGACACUUUAAUGUGGCUUUUGCAAAAACUUAAUCCAUACAACAUUAAAGUACACGUCUUUGACGUAUUUGGGCGAAGCUUCUUUCACUUACUAGCCAAACAGGCAGAUAGACUCGAACAAAAUUCUCUCUUGACCUUACAAAUGCUUAAUAUUGUUCUUCCACCAACACGUGAUGCCUUUGGAUAUGUCCCAAAGAAUCUUCAAUCCAAUCUGGCACAGCAAAAGGAUCCACAUUGUCAAAUGAGAAGUUCAAGUAGGGGACAUAGCUGGUCACCAACUUACAACACAACAACAGAACCCCGAGAAUUUCGAAGACCAAACUCUAUAAUACACCACUUACCGACACCUGAGCUACUCCCGCCAACCAUCACAAUCGAUAAUAGCCCAGAACCACCCACAAAAGAUUCACAUGGCGAUUCUUGCUUGGUGCCUCAGGAUGAUAAUGAGCUAUUGGUCCUUCGUCAUGCGCGCCUUCUUGAGAUAGCUCGCGGGGCGUUUAUAACACCUGAUAUUGAAGAUCAAGAAGGUCACAAUGGACUUCAAUGCUUAGCCGAAGCGUCCUUGACUCUAAGCAUCGAUAAUAGCCAACUACUGGUUAAAGGAUCUACCAACAAACGCAAAGCAGACCAGCCAGAACCAGAGCGGGUCUCUUCUCGUCUUGAUCUUCGAUACGAGCUAGUGGAAAAACUCAUAUCUACCGGUGUUUCUCUUAAUAAUUAUGACUGCUCUGGAAAUACAGUAUUAAUGUCUUUUGUUCAGUGUCUUAGAGACGGCGAAGACGACAAAACUCUUGCCAAGCUUUUUCGCUAUCUCGUCGAGCGAGGCGCCAAUAUUCACUGGCGAAAUAGCCAUGGUGAAACUGCACUUCACAUAGCUGUAAAACUCGGACGCAAAGUUGCUACUCGCGUGCUACUUGAGAGCGGAUCGAACUUACAUGCUCGAAAUGCUGAUGGCUUAGGCGUACUAGGAGUGGGAGAGAAGUACUAUCUAAAAGCCCGUAACAACCCAACAUUGUACGCAUCAAUUAUGGCGUGUAUGGCACAGUGCAUACAAUACGGCGCCAUUGCAACUCCGACAUUAGUUCAAGAAUGGUCCAUCAAGACAUGA